CGGGGCCGCGGCGGCGCGCGCUCCCGGGACGCGCGCGGCGCAGGCGGCGCGGAUCGCAGGGAGCCGGUCCGGGGCCGGAGCGGGGUCCCUGGUGUGCGUGCGGAACGGGACUCCGGGGAGACGGUCGCGAUGAACACGGUGCUGUCGCGGGCGAACUCGCUGUUCGCCUUCUCGCUGAGCGUGAUGGCGGCGCUCACCUUCGGCUGCUUCAUCACCACUGCCUUCAAAGACAGGAGCGUCCCGGUGCGGCUGCACGUCUCGCGGAUCAUGCUAAAAAAUGUAGAAGACUUCACUGGACCUAGAGAAAGAAGUGAUCUGGGAUUCAUUACAUUUGAUAUAACUGCUGAUCUAGAGAAUAUAUUUGAUUGGAAUGUUAAGCAAUUGUUUCUUUAUUUAUCAGCAGAAUAUUCAACUAAAAAUAAUGCUCUGAACCAAGUUGUCCUUUGGGACAAGAUUGUUCUGCGAGGUGAUAAUCCAAAGCUGCUGUUGAAAGAUAUGAAAACAAAAUAUUUUUUCUUUGACGAUGGAAAUGGCCUCAAGGGAAACAGGAAUGUCACUUUAACCCUCUCUUGGAACGUUGUACCAAAUGCUGGAAUUCUACCUCUUGUGACAGGAUCAGGUCACGUAUCUGUCCCAUUUCCAGAUACAUAUGAAAUAACGAAGAGUUAUUAAAUUAUUCUGAAUUUGAAACAACAUAUUUUUAUACUUAAUGAGUCAUAUCUUCUUUUUCUCUUCCCUUGCAUCUUCAUUUGGUUGUUCCUUUUCUUUUUUUACGGGGGGUGGUUUAAGAACUAACAUCAAAGGCGUAGUUGAAGGGGAAAGGUUAAUGUGCUACUUAAUUUUACAAGCAAAACACACACAAAAAAGGCCACCAGAAUAUUAUAAAAAUAUAAAAACAAGACAACUACACAAUAAAGAUUUGUAAAAAAUUUA